AGGUGCAUCCAAUUCUCCAUCUGCAUCUGUUCUUGCCUGUGUGGUUUUUUUUUUUUUUUUCUACAUUUCAUCUCUCUCAUUUCCUUUAUAUAUAAAUCUUUAAUCCGCCGGAGAGUUGAAAAUAGAUAUCUUGAUUGGUUAAUCAAUUGGGAAGGAAGGGAAGAAAGAAAUGCGUCCGGUGGCUGAGCAAGAAUUGUUCCUCCCCUCCACGCCGGGGAAGUUCAAGGAUAAAUCGCACUCGAUGCACCGGCAGUUCCACCGGUGUUUCGCCUCCACCAGCACGUUGUUCUUGUGGGCUCUGUUCCUGGUGGCGCUGACGGCCGCGUAUUUGAGUUUCCAGUCGUUCGUGGAUUCCGGCAGCAAGUACUUCUCCACCGCCUGGGGCGGCAUCCAUUGGGAAAAGCAGGUGAGGGACUCAGCCCAGAUCCACCGACAAAACGGAUUUUCUGUUCUUGUCACGGGCGCCGCCGGCUUUGUAGGGAGCCACGUGUCACUCGCCCUCAAAAAACGCGGAGACGGGGUGGUUGGGUUGGACAAUUUCAACAACUAUUACGACCCGUCGUUGAAGAAGGCGCGCAAACACCUCCUCAAUUCCCACAAUGUGUUCAUCGUGGAGGGUGACGUCAACGACGCCCGCUUGUUAGCCAAGCUCUUCGAGAUCGUCGCCUUUACCCAUGUGAUGCACCUGGCGGCGCAGGCCGGCGUGCGCUACGCCAUGGAGAAUCCCCACUCCUACGUGCACAGCAAUAUUGCCGGCCUCGUCACCCUCCUCGAGGCAUGCAAGACCGCCGACCCGCAACCCGCUAUUGUGUGGGCCAGUUCCAGCUCCGUCUACGGCCUGAACGAGAAGGUUCCCUUCUCCGAAUCGGAUCGAACCGACCAACCCGCUUCACUAUACGCCGCAACAAAGAAGGCGGGCGAGGAAAUAACCCACACCUACAACCACAUCUACGGGCUGUCAAUCACCGGGCUACGAUUCUUCACGGUUUACGGACCCUGGGGCAGACCCGACAUGGCGUAUUUCUCUUUCACCCGCAACAUUCUACAAGGCAAACCAAUCACGAUAUACCGGGGCAAGAACAGGGUCGAUUUAGCUCGUGACUUCACCUACAUCGACGACAUUGUAAAGGGCUGCGUUGCAUCAUUAGACACAGCAAAGAAGAGCACCGGUUCCGGCGGCAAGAAACGGGGACCGGCGCAGUACCGGAUCUUCAACCUCGGCAACACCUCCCCCAUAACAGUGCCCAUGAUGGUCGGAAUCCUGGAAAAGCACCUGAAAGUCAAGGCAAAGAAGAACGUCAUCGAAAUGCCCGGCAACGGCGACGUCCCCUUCACACACGCCAACAUCAGCUCCGCCCGCAGAGAACUCGGGUACAAACCCACAACCGAUUUGCAAACCGGGUUGAGAAAGUUUGUUAAAUGGUAUCUAUCAUACUAUGGCUACAAUCACGGCAAGUCUGUAAAGUGAUUUAUUAUCCAAUUUUUUCUUUUUCUUUUCUUGAUUGGCCUUUAGGGCUUGAAAUCUUUUUUAUUUUUCUUUAAUUUUUUGAAAUUUCAAGGGAUAAAGGAUGGGAAAAGGAAAAAGAAAAAAGAAAAAAGAUGAAUACAUUCUUUGGGGUUGAGGAUAAGGAGUGGAGAAGAAGAGUAAAACUCCUUUCUUCAUUUUUAGUUGUUUUUGUUUCUUGUAAAGGAUGAAGAAGUUCUAUCCCACUUGCACCCAUAUGACUUUUCUCUCCCUAUGUAUUUCUACACACUUUUCUUUUUUAAUUUUAUCCCAUAAUUAUUAAUUACCAACACCUCUUUUAGUUCA